GACUGUCUGCGCGGUCAGGUCGGAUUUGCUGGAUCCAAGUGUCGCUGAAGGUAGUAGACGUUUCACGUUUAAUACUUUCUACUGUGGAAUAGAAUUUAUUUCGAAACGUGCGAAUAAAUAUUGUGCCUGCUAUAUUAAUGUUGUGUUAAAAGACCCCUUUCUGUACUACCUGUGUGCCUCUCGUUUGGGCAGGCGUGGUACUGAUGCACUGCAACAUCACGAAGUAGUACUUCGUUAUUCAACAACAGUUGGUGGUCCCAGAGUCGUGCCAAAGGCCGAGCCCGUAAAGGAAACUGCCGUGGCUGAAGAGGUACCGACAAGGGCACCAGCGGGCGAGACUGCCGACGAGCAGGCAGCCAGGGAAGCAAAAGAGGACGAGGCGGCGGCGACGAAGGUAUUUGUUACGCGCGUGAUGUGUAGCUGCAACUAGUCGAACGAUACUUAGAAGUAUACUGUGUACAUUCUCAAUUUUUGAUGCUGCGGCUGCAUUGGUGAACACACCGACCAGUCUUUAUCUUUUGCAACCAGCUCUACUCCCAUUCUGACAACGAACAUCGCUCCUGCUCAGGUUCAAUCGCUCUACCGGGGCAAGCGCGACCGGGCGGAGGUCCAGGCGAAAAUGCAAGCGAAAAAAGUAUGGUGUUCUCAAACGUUACAUUCUCAACUGUUACAUGGGUUUGUGAUGCAAAAACAGCAAUAGGGAAACGGGCGAGCUUGCACGUCUCGCAUCACAAAUUUGGCACAGAUUUAGACGCUGUCUAGCCCUUCGAGACUUUGCCAUGCGAAGCAGCAUGAUGGUCUGGCGGCUCAUGAUCAUUUUGCAUGACAAAUCAUGUAACAGUUGAGUAUGUAACAGUUGAGAGCCCCAUAAAAAGAGCAGGAGGAACGCGAGCGGGCGGAAGAGGAGGAGGCCGCCACACGCGUGCAAGCGUUGUACAAGGGGAAAAAAGCCCGGGCCAAGGUGCAGAACAUGAAAGAGGUAAAGUACGCCAGUGCCGACGCAAAUGCCGCCAGUGGCGACGAUGCGGAGGCGUAGGGUUGCUAGUGAAGCUCGCUUUCACCUGAAAGACGCUGAAACUCGAUGGAUUAUACUUGAGAAUACUACAUCAAACACGCUGAAGAAAACAAGUCUAACUAUGUCUAUGGUACAUCAACUUCAAUUAUACGCAAUUUCUGAAAAUCUUCAAAUCUACAGACGAGAAGAUGGUGAUGGAAUCAAGAUCAAUUAUACUUAUCGGAAAAAUUAUACUACGCAAAGAGGGAAAAAUCAAACUCAGGCAAUAUCCGAAAUUGCGCAGCUGCGAAGGUAAAUUGUAGUGUGACCUCAGCAGUGCUUGGCGCCGGAGUGCAUAUCUGCUGCCAAAAGCAACUGACGCCGCUCGCUGCACAAAUUUAAGUUUCAUCCUGUACAAAAUUUGCAAAAAACGAACAGCAGAGGAAUGAUAAUGAAGAUGCCGCGGUAGCUGCUACGGCUUUGGCGACUGCUCGAAUCGUCUCCAUGUUGUCGGUCGUCGUGUGCAUCAGCAAGAUAAAGGAAUGCAUUUUUCAUAC